UCCCUCUCUGGUCGGAGUCCGCCAUGUUGGGAGGGAGGAAGAGGAGGAGGAGGAGGAGGAAGAGGAGUUGGGGAUGAUGGUUGUUGCGCCACUCUGAGGCCGACGGACGGCAGGGAGAACAGUGCGUUCGUAUCCCCGUUGUCUGCAUACCAUUUAAUGAAGCAUUGGAAGAAGCAUGGAAGCUUUGCUUGUUCAUUUAUUACAGUUUGCCAUUGCUGCCGAAUGAUUUGGAGGUCAAGUCUGGAAACCAAGGACAUCCUUUCACUGUCAAUGCUGCUUUAACACCAUGCCUAGCAAAAUGGGAUCGAAAAUGAAUCUGAGGAGAGACUUCAUCAGAGUGAAAACUCAUUAUAAUGGUGACAUCCUUAUAACAAAUCUGGGUGCGUCCAUGAAUUACGAUGAACUCUGUAAUGAAGUAAGAGAAAUGUGCAAUUUACAACAGGAACAACCAAUUACCCUUAAGUGGAUUGAUAAUGAAGGUGAUCCAUGUACCAUUUCAUCUGCAAUGGAACUAGAAGAAGCAUUCCGGUUGUACUGUCAACAGAGACACGAAGGACUCGUCAUUCAUGUUUUUCCCAGCAUUCCAGAAAAGCCGGGGCUGCCAUGCCCAGGAGAAGACCAAUCAAUCUACCGACGUGGAGCCAGAAGAUGGAGGAAGCUUUACAGAGUGAAUGGGCAUCUGUUUCAAGCCAAACGCUUUAACAGAAGAGCAUACUGUGGCCAGUGCAGUGAAAGGAUAUGGGGUCUCGGAAGGCAAGGCUACAAGUGUAUCAACUGCAAAUUGUUGGUCCAUAAACGCUGUCACAUUCUUGUUCCACUGACCUGCAAAAGGCAUAUGGAUUCUGUGAUGCCUUCCCAGGAACCUCAGUUAGACGACAAGAAUGAUGAAGUUGACAUCCCCACAGAAGAGAAUGACGGAAUGCCUUAUAUGCCUUCAGCCCGGAAGCACGACAAUAUUAAAGAUGAUUCUGAGGAACUCAAACCAGUUAUUGAUGGAAUGGAUGGAAUUAAGAUCUCUCAGGGACUUGGUCUCCAGGACUUUGACCUAAUCAGAGUUAUUGGACGAGGAAGCUAUGCCAAAGUUCUUUUAGUACGAUUGAAAAAAAACGAUCAGAUUUAUGCGAUGAAAGUAGUGAAGAAAGAAUUAGUCCACGACGAUGAGGAUAUUGAUUGGGUACAGACAGAAAAACACGUGUUUGAACAAGCAUCCAGUAACCCAUUCCUAGUGGGCUUACAUUCUUGCUUUCAGACGACAAGUCGGUUGUUUCUUGUUAUAGAAUACGUGAAUGGGGGUGACCUUAUGUUCCAUAUGCAACGACAAAGAAAACUCCCAGAAGAACAUGCAAGGUUUUAUGCUGCUGAAAUCUGUAUAGCUCUCAACUUCCUACAUGAGAGAGGCAUCAUCUACAGAGAUUUAAAACUAGACAAUGUUCUUCUGGAUGCAGACGGUCAUAUCAAGUUAACAGAUUAUGGCAUGUGCAAGGAAGGAUUGGGUCCGGGUGACACUACAAGCACUUUCUGUGGAACACCAAAUUACAUUGCCCCAGAGAUUCUACGAGGAGAAGAGUAUGGGUUCAGUGUGGACUGGUGGGCACUUGGUGUCCUCAUGUUUGAAAUGAUGGCAGGAAGAUCUCCCUUUGAUAUUAUUACUGACAAUCCAGAUAUGAAUACAGAAGAUUACCUCUUCCAAGUUAUCCUUGAAAAACCAAUCCGAAUUCCAAGAUUCCUUUCUGUCAAGGCCUCUCACGUCUUGAAAGGUUUUUUAAAUAAGGAUCCCAAAGAGAGGCUAGGAUGCCAGCCGCAAACCGGAUUUUCUGAUAUAAAGUCUCACACAUUCUUUCGCAGCAUAGAUUGGGAUAUGCUGGAGAAGAAGCAGGCAACCCCACCAUUUCAGCCUCAGAUCACAGAUGAUUAUGGUUUGGAUAACUUUGAUACCCAGUUCACCAGCGAACCUGUACAGCUAACUCCAGAUGAUGAAGACGUAAUAAAGAGAAUAGACCAGUCGGAGUUUGAAGGAUUCGAAUACAUUAACCCGUUGUUUCUGUCAACCGAGGAGACGGUAUGAGGAGAGAACAAGGACUCUACGCCGAGGAUGAACAAAUGUGAACGAACUUUGGCAUUUAAUUCUAACAACAGUAAUAUGCAUGCAAGGCUGGAUUAAACUGUAAGGUUUGGAGUGGAGGCAAAUGAUGAGAAAAAAAUUGCUGCUGAAACAUAAUAAAACAAAUGAUUUUG